AUGGAGUACAAACCUCUUCCAGCUGAUGAGGAGAUCGAUGCGUUCUCUAGGAAAGUGCGGUGCUGUUUCCCGUUGCUUCUAUUAUCUAUUGCCCCGUUUGUCAUCGUCUACAUCCUGAUGACGCGUGCAGACAAUGACUGGAUGAUUCUGCUGGCUGGUGCCGGUGGUUGGUGGCUUGCUCUGCUCCUCCGCAUGCCCUGCAUCCUUGGCAUUAAGGCAGUCUUGGCUGACUCUCCAUCACAGCAAGCGUGGCUGACGCUCAUGACGAUUCUGCUGUCUGGGCCAGCCGAGGAAUCGGUUCGGGUAGCUAUGCUGUUCGCGUUUGGUUGGGCCCAGCGCUUUGAGGCGACCUUCGCUUUAGGUUUGGGGUGGACGGCGCUGGAGCUGGUCUUCACAGCUGUGCAAGCCUUGGCAGUAACUCAGCUUCUUCGAGCGGCGAAGGCCGGCGAUCCAAAGGCAGUGGAGGCAUAUCACGUACUGGCUGCUCAGACAGGGCGAGAGGAUCCGCUCGGCUUGCAUCCGGCUUGGGGCAUUCCCGGCUGCACCUGA